GACACAUUCGCGUCGCAGGCAACGUUCAUCGGCACAAUUCGAACGGAUCAUGUCCUCCACGGCCUCUGGAAGAGAAUUCAUGUACGCGAGUCGUUCGGUAAGCCCGCUUGAAUUCGUUGAACGGGCAUGCGCCUGUAAAUGUCUUGGGCCCUUCUAUCUCAAACCCUUCUGUCGCUCACGAUCCGCCGUGGGUACGGUGAAGCGGGACGAGCUCACGUUGCGCUUCCGAGUGCUUGUAGCACCGUUCCGCCGACGAUCCUCGUGGCGCAUGCGGGUGCACGCGGUAUUGUCGUCACAUUUCUUGCAGUGGCAAAGAUAUUCUUCAUGCUCAAUCGAAGAACUUCGACACCAAUACUAGGGCAUACCUUUCGAACUACUGGCCGGCCCGCUGCAAACCGUCCACAAAGUUUAGAAGAAUUUGUACUACACGCCACCUGGCGCGAUUACUUCUCUUCGCUUCAGGAUGCUAAUGAUACACCGCGUUCCUAUCCGCGGCCUUGGCUGUCUGCACCGCUCGACGCCAUGAGACUGACGGAUGUAUUCAUGUUCGGCUCGCAAUGGGCUGGAAAAGCGGCGCGUCUUUGGAUGAAGCUCUAUGCUUGACGAAGUUCGAUCGACGUUCACUGCACAAAUCGGCGGACGUUCGUCUCCCUCUGCCAGACAUAGCACUCUCCCGUCCAUGGCAGCUGGCAUAGGACGAGGAACGACCUCCGAAGAUGCGUGCACGCCUUCGCCGGAGGCUAGAAUGCACGUUUACUGCUCAGCUCAAUUACCUCAGGCUAUCGACUCUUCAGCCAUAUCCAGCUCUACCACAGUGGUUCCCCAUCAGCGGAUGCCGCUCCGUGUGUUGCUCGUGUUUCUUCGCU